AUGGCCGCGGCCAGCGUGGCCGAGUGCCUGCAGCAGGAGACCACCUGCCCCGUGUGCCUGCAGUACUUCGUGGAGCCCAUGAUGCUCGACUGCGGCCACAACGUGUGCGGCGCCUGCCUAGCGCGCUGCUGGGGCGCGGCCGAGACCGACGUGUCGUGCCCGCAGUGCCGCGAGGCCUUCCCGCAGCGCCACCUGCGGCCCAACCGGCCCCUGGCCAACGUGACGCGCCUGGUGAAGCAGCUGCGCGCCGAGCGCGCGCCGGGCCCGGGCGGCGAGAUGGGCGCGUGCGAGAAGCACCGCGAGCCGCUGAAGCUGUACUGCGAAGAGGACCGCACGCCCAUCUGCGUGGUGUGCGAUCGCUCGCGCGAGCACCGCGGCCACAGCGUGCUGCCGCUCGAGGAGGCGGUGGACGGCUUCAAGGAACAAAUCCAGAGCCAGCUGGACCACCUGAGAAGAGUGAAGGACCUGAAGAAGAGGCGCCGGGCGCAGGGCGAACAGGCACGGGCCGAACUCUUGAGCCUCACACAGAUGGAGAGGGAGAAGAUCGUGUGGGAGUUCGAGCAGCUGUGCCACUCCCUGAAGGAGCAGGAGUACCGGCUGCUGGCCCGGCUGGAGGAGCUGGACCUGGCCAUCUACAACAGCAUCAACGGCGCCAUUGCGCAGUUCUCCUGCAACAUCUCGCACCUCAGCAGCCUGAUCGCACAGCUGGAGGAGAAGCAGCAGCAGCCCACCAGGGAGCUGCUGCAGGACAUCGGGGACACGCUGAGCAGGGCUGAAAGAAUCAGGAUCCCUGAACCUUGGAUCACACCUCCAGAUCUGCAAGAGAAAAUCCACAUUUUUGCCCAAAAAUGCCUGUUCUUGACAGAGAGUCUGAAGCAGUUCACAGAAAAAAUGCAGUCAGAUAUGGAGAAAAUUCAAGAGUUGAGAGAGGCUCAGUUAUACUCGGUCGACGUGACCCUGGACCCAGACACGGCCUACCCCAGCCUGAUCCUGUCCGACAACCUGCGACAAGUGCGGUACAGUUACUUGCAGCAGGACCUGCCCGACAACCCGGAGCGUUUCAACCUGUUCCCCUGCGUGCUGGGCUCCCCCUGCUUCGUCGGCGGGCGCCACUACUGGGAGGUGGAGGUGGGGGACAAGGCCAAGUGGACCAUCGGCGUGUGCGAAGACUCGGUGUGCAGGAAGGGCGGUGUGACCUCGGCCCCCCAGAACGGGUUCUGGGCUGUGUCGCUGUGGUACGGGAAGGAGUACUGGGCCCUCACCUCACCCAUGACCGCGCUGCCCCUGCGGACCCCGCUGCAGCGCGUGGGCAUCUUCUUGGACUACGACGCUGGCGAGGUGUCCUUCUAUAAUGUGACCGAGAGGUGUCACACCUUCACCUUCUCCCACGCCACCUUCUGUGGGCCAGUGCGGCCCUACUUCAGCCUGAGCUACUCAGGUGGGAAGAGCGCGGCGCCCCUCAUCAUCUGCCCCAUGAGUGGCAUCGAUGGCUUUUCUGGCCAUGUUGGGAGUGACGGUCGCUCCAUGGAGACCUCCCCGUGAGGAGUAGAGCUCAGGCUGGCAGCUGGGGUCCUCUGCCGCCCUGCCGAGUGUUGCCUCUGUCCAUCGGAGCUGGAUGUCCACACUGUCCCUGCCCUCACCAUGGGACAUGCGAUGUCCAUGUUCCCUGGGACCCUUCCCCUUCCCAUGCAAAUUGUGAGCUGUAAUGAGAAGUAUCAGUAUUGCCCACAAAUAAAACCAGAUGGCCUCCGACUGCA